CAAACAUUAGCAUCGAAGUCAAUGACGAAAAGAUUGGAAAUUGUUUCGCAUUGAAUCAGAAAUGUCAUUGCACUUCACCUGACAGUUACAACCUUAGCAUGGCUGAAAUUAAUAUAAAAAGAAUAGUAACACUUACGAUAAAGAGUGUAUCUAGGAAAACCUCUACCAAUGAUCUAAGGUUUUCAGCUCGGGUUGCAGAUCGCACCCAUGAAAACAGGCUUAAUUGCACUGCAACAGUUUUCUGUAAGUAUAUUUUCAUAAAUUAAUGAAAUAAAAAUAAUGUGGGUCUAUUUGACUUUAAGGGGUGAAAGAAAGGCUUGUUACCUGUAUGCAUCUUUUAAGUGCUAAAUAAUAUACUUUAACGUUUUUAUAAAAGUAUAUGUAUUUUAGAAAAUUAGAUUUUAACUUUCUAACAAACAGCCAGGGCAAAAGGAUUUUCAUGUGCAUCAAACACAUCAAAAACUGGAGUAAUGUUAGCUUGUUCAGCGCAAAGAAUUUAUCCACAAGGAAUAUGCAG